GCAGGUUGUGCUCAGAAGUUUCUGUUUAAACUCAUUGAUUAUAUUGUUAUUAACAUUGACACGAUUUCGAUGAUAAUAGCUGAACAAUGGCUGGUAAUGGCCAUGGUUUCUCUCCACACCUGGCAAAUGAACUCCAUGAACAGACUGGGCAGCAGCCAUGUCAGCAAGGCAUAUAUCUGGCCUGCGCAGACAUCCAGGGCAAAAGGGUAUUGCUGUAUCCAAACCAAGGCUUCAUGGCCGCAUAUACCACUAACAAUGGAAGAAAUGAGAGAAACUAUGUGGAGCUUGUUUCCUCUGUUAGCAAUACUGGUACAAUCAACACUUACAGCCAGCCAAGGAAGACAAUCCGGCCCAGCAAUUGUUCAGAGAUGAAUGAGAUUAAUGGACUGGAUAGUAGAUAUGAAGCCUCAAAUAAUCAACUUAGUGCCGACAUCUCAGCAAGUGGAAUGCUCAAUACUACAGUCAUAAAGAUUGAAGAUGAUGGAGAGGAAUCUCAGUCGUUGCUGUGCUCUGAGCCGUUUGUCUCGCCCACGCCUCCCAGUGACGACAGCGGCCCUUCUCAGACAGGUGCAGCCCUCGUGUGGUCGACCUGUGAAGGCAAACCCACACAAUUGUCUCCUCUGCUGUUGACAAAGGACAACCUGUUCCAGCAUGACCUGCGCUGCUCUGGAACUGCGGCCGAUCCGUGUGGGCACUUGACGAAUUUGAAUAAACCACAUCCGAACAAACUGUUGAAGGCUGCUCUACUUAGCGUGUCGUCCACUCCCUAUCAGCCGCCUGCUGAAAAUAUUGAGAAAGACAUCAACUCUAAUUUUCAAGCUAAAUGCUUAGAAGAAGGUGUAAAUUUGGCAAAAUUUCAUGGAAAUGAUGAUGACAGUAACUGGCGGAUGUCAGGCACAAAUGGCUUUGAUAGGAAUAGAAUGACAGGCAGCUCUGCCGGGGGAGGAAAUUCAAAUCUACAUCGUCUAACAGAUGGUUCUGGGGCCCAGGGUCAGGCCCAGCCCCAAGUCGCUGCAGCAGAGGGGAUGAUACUGGGACGCGUCGGCAGUUCUGGAUCGCUGGCCUUGCACGAGCACCUUAACACUCGGAGCAUUGUGACGGGUUCGGUUGGGGCAGGUCCCCCUGUGACUGCAUCCAUUCACGCACCACAGACACUGUCGGACACACAGCGAUACCGGGCUACCUACUCACCGACUGGUGCAGGUUCGUCAGCGGUGGGCCCGUAUUCCCCGUUGUACACAGGCGGCUCUCAUGGGACCGGCCCUGCCUAUGGGGCGUACUAUGGACAGUAUACGACCGGUGGAAUGCAAGGAGCAAUAGAUCCACACAUUGGCCAUUAUUCGGCCGUGUUACAGAGCAUAGGAAAUGCUGCUCAGUCACAAGUUCCACGUUCCCCGUAUCCAGCUAGUUCUGGAUUAAUUCAUCCGUUUUCUAUACCAGCUUCAGUUCCGGCACAAAAAGGAUAUGGUUCAGGGCUCAUGGCUCAUGAGAGGGACGAAUUGCGGUACAAAAGGGAACAUGAGAGUGAAAGUCAGAGGCGAUACAGUACAGGUGUUCUCAAGGAUGAAAAGGCCCAUCAGUUUACUUUCCCAUCAGGCUUUGCUGAACCAUCCCGAGCCCCUGUUUCAUCCACUUUAAGGGAAUCUCCAAGUCAGAGGCGUGAGCAUGAGUACUACAACUACAAAGUCCCUUCCAGUCGAGAUGGGAAUAUACGUCAAAGAAUGUCACGACCCUCUGACGCCACUAGUUCCUUUCCUACUGAAAACCCACAUAGUGCUUUCAAAAACACAGAUGAGCCAUCGGCUAAAAGAACUAAAAUAGAACAUACUGGAGGGGAUGUGAGCAUGGAACGUCAAGUCCCUGAGAGUGUUCUAAAGUAUCCACACCAUUUCAUGAAAGGCUCCAUUAUCGAGCUUGGCAAUAGGAAACUUAAACGUGUUGAAGAUCUGGAAACCAAUGACUUCAUCAACAGUGCGGAUAUUAGCAGUGAUCUCAAGAUUGACUCUAGUACUGUGGUCCAUAUCAGUGAGAAUGAGACUCAGGGUACAUCAGUGCUGGGGUUUGUGGUUGGCGAGCACAAGGUUCAGGUAACUAUAGAGGCACCAGUUGAGCAUCCAUUCUUCGUUUUUGGGAAGGGGUGGUCAUCAUGCGAGCCCUCUUGGACAAUGAAACGCUAUGAACUGGAGUGCCAAAAGCUUGUGGUCGGCGACAGGUGUAUAUCCCUCACUCACAAAGAAGUUACAGCCCACGCGGCCGAAAUCUCAAAGCAACAAAAACAGCAAAACAGACUCGAAGGAAACUCUAUCUUUGACAAUAAAGAUCUAAAAUCCUUGGGCUCUCCCCCCAAGCCUCGUGACAGCCCGCGCCAGAGCCCGUACCAGGGUCAAUCCAAAAGCCCGGCCGGGUCAGCUAACCUUCAAGGUCAAGGUCAUAGAUCUGAAUCGGGGGGACACACUGAACAAUGCAGCAGUAUGGGUGUGAAAUCUGAACACAAUUUAAGUAACCUUAGUAACCCGGUGGGCUUAUGUCAGAUGACUUCUAGUGGCCACCCUCAGGAACAUGGCAACAAUUCCUCUACACCGUCGUAAGGCAGGAGUGCCUUAACUAAGAGACACUUUCUGGGAAAACUGGGCUUAAUGCAUGAUCAUAAUGUGUUGUCCCAGAUUAGCAUGUGCAGUCUGCAACACUUUCUGCCUAUGCUUGAUUAACGUUGAGACAAAACUUCCAUCAAUGCAGAAAGUGUUGUCAGUAAUAAGCCUGUGGGGACUGCACGGGCAAAUCUUGGCUGACAGUUCACCCGCAUGCAUUCAGCCCAGUUUUGCCUGAAGGCAGCUUAACACUUUUUGGAGCAGCAUUCUAUGUACCAUAGUCUGUGUCCUAAUAGCUCCCUAGUUGCAAUGGUUCAUGUUUAUGAACUUGCUGCUUAUGCAGAUACCGGUUUUGGACCUAUAAUGUCCCCUCUAACAUCAAAUUAAAUUCAAAACCUUCCUUUAUAGUUUAAAACAGCUAAGGGUUCAUUUUCAAGUGUAAGAUACUGAUGAGAUGCAAAUAGCAUAAAGCCUCAACAGCCUGCGAGUUGAAGAGUUACUCCCAGCCUUUUCAGGUUUUAUGCUGUUGCGAAAGUGCCAUUUUCACUUUUCUUUUGAGCAGGAAUUGCUAAAUGGUUAGAAUGUUAAAUUUUAAAAUUAAGUAAGGAUCUCAUUAAGAUGCGAUUUGGGUAAAUCUACUAGCUAUUUUGAUAUAAAUAAUCAUGAACACACUGCUAUUUUUGAAGUGCUAGAAUCAAAGCAUCAAAUUAUUUGCCCCUUUUCUCAGAUUUUUAUUAAUUCCGUAAUUGCAAUACAAUUUCAUUUUGAUUUAGAGGGUUAAGUAUUUUUAUGUCCCCCCUGGGGGACAUAUUGUUUUUGCCUUGUCUGUUGGUCUGUUUGCGCCAACUUUAACAUUUUGCAAUAACUUUUGUUAUAUUGAAGAUAGCAACUUCAUAUUUGGCAUGCAUGUGUAUCUCAUGAAGCUUCACAUUUUGAAUGGUGAAAGUUCAAGGUCAAGGUCAUCCUUAAGGUCAGAGGUCAAAUAUAUGUGGCAAAAAUCGCUCAUUUUAUGAAUACUUUUGCAAUAUUUAAGAUAGCAACUUGAUAUUUGGCAUGCAUGUGUAUCUCAUGGAGCUGCACAUUUUGAGUGGUGAAAGGUCAAGGUCAAGGUCAUCCUUCAAGGUCAGAGGUCAAAUACAUGUGGCCCAAAGCGCUUAUUUUAUAAAUACUUUUGCAAUAUUGAAAAUAGCAACUUGAUAUUUGGCAUGCAUGUGUAUCUCACGGAGCUGCACAUUUUGAGUGGUGAAAGGUCAAGGUCAUCCUUCACAAGGUCAAGGUCAUCCUUCAAGGUCAAACAUCAUAUAUGGGGACAUUGUGUUUCACAAACACAUCUUGUUGUUAUUUUAAAGUUGUGAUUGUAGUGGACGAAAAUAUUGUUUUUAUAACAAUAAGUUUAAUGCAAAAAUGAUGGCAUGCAAAUUAUUGUGUGAAGGUAAAGUGGUGCCCAUUGUAUUAUUAUAUUUUUAUUAAUAUUUUGUUGAUAAUUCUAACACGGCACGUGACUUGUUUUCUAUAGACAAAGAAGGAAAUCAAGCGUGGGUUAUUCUGCAAUAACUUAUGGGCGGAGCUUAUACACUGAAAGCACGCGCUGUAGCUAAACAAAACAUGCCGAUACAUUUUCCACCAGCGUAAUAAUCCGGUAUUUUAUGAAUGAAAGUCACGUGACAAAAUACUACGCUAUGAACAGAAAUGCGUAAACUUGACCCAAUUUCCCACGGUGUUCGUCUGCUGCUUCGAUACUGAAAUGGCUGAAGUUCGAAUCGGAGUUGUUGUCUUGUAGAUUCAACACUCUUGCGUUAAUUUAAAGAGUACAAUGAAAACAUGUUAGUUUACGCAAGUUGUUGUUCUUAGUUAACCAAACGUGAGAAAUGAAAUGGGUUUUUUCCAUCCAGUUUGGCUGUUAUUGAGGGCGGAGAUCUGAUCGAUAGAACAGCCGAAAGCUAUUUUUAUGGGCGGAGCUUCACAUAAAAUAGUAUGCAAGAAAAAUAAGAUACAUUCUAUAAAUCUUUAGUAAAAAUCGUGUUAGAUUCGAAAUAAUUCGUGUACGUUAUAGUUUGUGGUCGAAUAACCCACGGCCGGAAGUUUAGAUGCGUGGUUUCAAAUCACUCGUGCUUCGCACUCGUGAUUUAAUCCCUACGCAUCUAAACUUCCGGCCGUGGGUUAUUCGACAACAAACUAUAACGUACACAAAUUAUUUCUUAAUUAGACCCUAAGCAUUUGGAUAAAUAUAUUUUUAGCUUGACUAUUAUAUAUGAAAUAUAUAUAGUGUAGCUAUCCUACUCAUCCCGGCGUCGGUGUUUGCGUUGGUGUUAGCGUUAGUAUUAUUCUUAGCGUUCGCGUGAGCCUUCAAAUGUUAAAUUUUGCGUACUACCCCAAAUAUUUCCUAUGUCCCUUGACAUAUUGCUUUCAUAUUUUGCAUAUUUCUUUACCAACAUAACCCCAAUCUAUAAACAAGAGCAGACAACUGUAUCAAGCAUUUUGUAAGAAUAAUGGCCCUUUUUUCACUUAGAAUAUGCAUAUUAUUGAUAAAUCUAUGUUAAAGUUUGCGUACCACCUCAAUUAUUUUCCAUGUCCCUUGACAUAUUGCUUUCAUAUUUUGCAUUCUUCUUUACCAACAUGAUCCCAAUCCAUAAACAAGAGCAGACAACUCUAUCAAGCAUUUUGACAGAAUUAUGGCCCCUUUUAUACUUAGAUAAUUGAACAUUUGGUUAAGUUUUGUGUUUUGGUCCAUUUACUACUAAAGUAUCAUACCUAUUGCUUUCAGACUUGGAAAACUCGCCAACUAUCGUAAGGGGACUGUACAGGGCAAGUUGCAUAACUCUGGUUGGCUUUUUAAUGGAAUUAUGGCCCUUUUUUGUCUUGGUAACUUUGAAUAAUUUUUUUGAAUUAUGUGUUUAGAUCCACUUUUCCUCUAAAGUACUUUCUUACUAUCAUGAUGAUACUGUACCUGGCAAUUAGACCUUGACCUUUGAAUGAACUUGAAUCUCAAUGUCAAAUUAAUAAAUUUGCUUAAAUUUCCAUAACUUCUUUAUUUAUGAUCACAUUUGAUUCAUACUUUGACACAAAACAACACUUACCUGACAUACCACAAUGGACUCCACCCAAACCAUCUCCCACGCCCCACCCCAGAACCCCCCCCCCCCCCCAAUCUUGUUUAAAGAUCAUCUAUUAAAUGACCACACACACACACAUUAUACCCCCUCUCCAUGAUUACGUUAUACUGUCAAGCACUUGAAUAGUCGAGCGCGCUGUCCUCUGACAGCUCUUGUUUAAGAACCUGCCUAAGCUACAUUUAUCUUAAGUAUUGAAAAAAAAAGUAAUUUUAGAUUAAAAAUAAACUAAAUGUUUCAAAAUAUUUUUUGUAUAUAACUAAGGUUUUAAAUAUAUUGUAGCAUACAAUGAAUGAUCCUACAUUGAAAGUUCCAUGAAAGGGACGCAAGUAUACAUAUUCCUUGAAAUGGGUAAUUACCAUAAUAAUGACACUUGUGAUGUUAAUCUGCAUAUGAAUUGUGGAGAACAGACUAUGGUACAUGUUAUCCUGAAAUGAAUUACAACAAAGACUUUAUGUACCAGCUGUGAUAGAAAAUACUUAUGUUAUCUGUAUUUUUGGAUAAAAAAAAAAUGAAAAAAAGCUAUAUCAUGUUAGUUUUGCGUUGGUUGCAAAUAUUUGACUAUUAGAGACUUUUGACUUCAGCUUUUGGUAAUGAAGCAAAUAAUUGUGUAAAUAAUGUGGACUUCUUCUUUGAAGUUGUAUGUCUCUUAAAACAAAACAUUUAUUAUUCUGAUUGGAUGACAGUGUUAUUACAAUGCAAUAUAUUCUCUUAGUUUUGCCUGUGUUUAAAUUCGUGAAAUUGAAAAUACUUUUUAUAUAUGAAAUUCAGAAAAUGUUCCCUAGAUAAAAUAACAAAGCUGUCAUUUUCAUUUUAAAUUGUUUGUUUUUUCUGCUUAGACAAGCAUAGCUGUCUGUUGAUGAAUUUGAAUACAUAAAAUCAAAGGCAUUGGGUGCGUCCAAAGCCUUGCUGCUAUUAUACACUUGAGCCUCCCUUUGGGAAAACUGGGCUUAAUGCAAGUGCGGAAAGUGUUGUGACACAUAUUAAGCCUGUGUAGAAAGCACUGGCUAAUCAGUUAGAACACUUUCUGUGUUCAUGAAAAUUUUUGUUUAAAUCAACGCAGUCUCUUUUUAAUGAAAAUCGAGUGUAGUUAGAGAGUGCUUACCUUGAUUAGCCUGUGUAGGCUUAUCUGGGAUGACACUUAAUUGAGUUGCGUUCUGAGAAAACUGGAUGUAAUGCAUGUGCGUAAAGUGUCAUCCCAGAUUAGCAUGUGCAGUCCGCACAUGCUAAUCAGGGACGACACUUUCCCCCUAAAUUUGAUUUUUGCUAAGAAGAGACUUCAUUUAAGAGAAAAAUGUCAUAAAAGCGGAAAGUGUUGUCCCUGAUUAGCCUGUGCAGAUUACACAAGCUAAUCUGGGACGACACUUUACGCACAUGCAUUAUGCCCAGUUUUUGUCAGAACUCAACUCAAUUUAUGAACAUGCAUUAAAGCCUGUUUUCCCAGAGAUGGUUCAACAUAUCUUUGGUAGUAUACCAAUCAUGACCAUACUUAUACAGAGGCUUACCGCAUAUAUAAUCAAAUAGGACACAAUAAUAGCAAAUCUUAUUUGUAAAGUAAUAAAUAUAGAGCAGAAACCUUGAGAUAAUUGUAACAUGAACAAGUUACAGUCAAGUCUCAAGAGUGUAGUUGGAUGCUAGUCUAUCAUUAUAAUUAAACACUAAGAUUUCCUGUCCAAAUAUUUAAUGUCAUGUUACUCUCGUUGCGAUUGUUAGAAAGUUGAUAAGUUUUGGUUGGUAAAUUUGUUUUGUGAAGAUUAUUGUCAUAGUAUAAAUUUUUAAAAAACAUUAUUAAAUACAGUGUUUUUUUCAUUCAAAAUCGGGUCCGGUAAUCAGCACCCUUCCAAAUGGAAUAAAGUAUAUAUUUCUCCCAAAUGGGAGCUAACUAAAAAUUCCUGGAAGGUUUCCAAAAUUGAUUUUUUUUUAUUUUUUUUUUUAAGAACUCAAUUUUUUGUUCAACUCCCAUCCGUAGAAGUUCAACAUAAGUAAAAAUAAUACUGAAAACACUUGUGUUCUCAAUUUUGAAGCAUUUUUAGCAAAACAACAACAACACCAAUUUCCCAAUUUUAGUCAAAACACAGCAAAUUUUCCCAAUGCAAUGGGAACCGGCCCCAUUCCCAAAAAGGUGAAGAAAAAAACACUGAAAUAAAUGUUACUAUGUUAACUCAUUUUGAUGUAUAUAAAUUGUUUGUUUUGUUUCAAAUAAGUUGUAGAUAUUUUUAAAAAGAUUUUAUCCAUUAUUUUAUCAACUUUAUGAAGAUUUUGUACAACAAUAUUUCCUGUUACAUUAGUGCUAUUUGUUAUAAUAUUAUCCAAUUAAGUAUAAUUAUAUUUGAUUGCCAUUUCUUUUAGCAGUAAUAGUUUUAUCGUAUAUAUUUACACAUUGAUUAUUAAUUAUAUCACAAUUCAAUUCUUAGCUUAUAUUUGUUUUUUAACAAUUCACAUUUUAUCUGCAAUACUUAUAUUGAGUGCUUAUGACAAUAUUUUGACUACUAGUACAUUUCGAUCAGUGUAUGUCUGGUGUCCUAUUGUUGAGACACCGUGUUAUAAUCAAUCUGUUACUGCGUAUCACUAAAGAUAGAUGUAUGAUUUUACUAGUUGUUAGAUUACCUUGACAUGUGUAAACAGUUAUUGAUUGGAAUAGAAUUGCUCUCAUUGUGCCUGUGAUGAUAAAAUCUCACAUGUUAUUAUUGACAGGGUGUAUUAUUUACAUGCGUAUAAUACAUAUAAGCCCAUGUAGAUGUUUACCUAUACAUAUUCAUUGUCUGAUCAUAAGUCUUAUCCCUAAAAUCAGAGAUGUUUCAAAUGACAUUUGUCUAAAUUCUGCAUCAGUUCUUGUUGUACCGGUACUCUUUGUAGAUUGCUAUCGAACAUGGAACUUUUCCUGCGUCUAAGUUAAAUUUUUGACAGCUAAUUUCAUGAGUUUGUCAAAAACACGAUAUUGUUGCAAUAACAUCCUCCACUAUACAUAAUCAUUCUACAACUCUUCCUGCCUGUAUUUAUGUUUCCUAUCUCGGCUGAAUAAUAUUUUUAUGUCGCCCAGUCUAUACUGUGGGACAUAUUGUUUUUGCCCUGUCUGUUUGUUGGUUUGUUUUCGUCAAACUUAAUCAUUGGCCAUAACUUUUUCAAUAUUGAAGAUAGCAACUUGAUAUUUGGCAUGCAUGUGUAUCUCAUGGAGCUGCACAUUUUGAGUGGGUCAAGGUCAUCCUUCAAGGUCAAAGGUCAAAUAUAUGGGGGGAGACAUAGUGUUUCACAAACAUCUUGUUUUUAAUGAUAUUUGUCAAAAUUUUGCAUCAGUACCUUAUGAUGUAUUUCCAUCCAGGCCUGGCCGUCCCUUUGGCAAGAAACAUAUUGACAAAUGAGAUAGGGGAAGAAAUGUUUAAUUGUAAACUUAUUAUGUUGAGAAAAAUGCAUCAUUUUUAAGUAAAUCUCUUGGAGUGAGGGACUCAGAAGGGGCUAAAAUAAGGUGGUUGCUUAAGAAGACAAAAAAGGCCAGCCAUUGAUGAGGGAAGCUUUACCGCUUCUUGGUAAGACGUCCUGAUAAUGACAACUCAUUUCAGGAGUGGUCUUAAGCAAGUUCUGUGUGUGAUAACAGUCUCCACUCCUUUAUAUUAAUCAUCAAUAUUUUCUGUCUGUAACUAUGUUUUUUUGAAACGUUUUGAUACUGCACCAAAUUCUCAGUAUAAAAAGUGUUUGAAUCCUGUUUAAGAAACUUCAUAUGUUGUCAAUGUUAUAAAACUUUCUGCAUGCACCUGUUUUCCAAAAAUGCUUUUACUUUGCAUACAUUUUUUAUGCCCCCGGUAGGGUGGCAUAUAGCAGUUGAACUGUCCGUCAGUGUGUCAAUCAGUCUGUCCGUCCGUCCGAAAACUUUCCGCUUUUAUGAUAUUUUUCAUUUAAAGGAAGUCUCUUCUACUCGAAAAUCAAGUUAAGGCAGAAAGUGUCGUCCCUGAUUAGCCUGUGCGGACUGCACAGGCUAAUCUGGGACGGCACUUUACGCACAUGAAUUAUGCCCAGUUUUCUCAGAACGCGACUCAUAUCUUAUUGAAAUAUAUUCCAAGUCUGCUUUGAAACUUUGACUAGCAAGUAAAAGGGACAGCAUGUUUCCUCAUAGUUGCAAUAUUCUGCUUGUUUCCAACAAUGUGCAUUCAGAAUACAUUCUUAUAUGGCUAUAAAGUAGUCAAUUAUGUUCACUGGUUAAAGAGAGUUGUACAUGCUGAUGGUCUGUAAUUAGUUAUAUAAUUACUUAACAUAUUGUUAGGCAUGUUAACAUACUGAAGAUAGGUAGACUUGAUGUAAGUCUUAUUAAUUUGGAAAUUAAACUGCAGUUACAUGACUUUUGUAUUGUUACACUAGUGCUUUUGAUAGUAUUGUAUUUAGUUUAUUUUGAUUACAUCUGUUUAGAAAUAACUAUUACAUUUAUGUUGAGUGAACAGAUUUCAAUCUGUUGAAAAGAUGAAAGUUAUAAGAAAAAGAACAAAAAUUUACUAUCUCAAUACCACUUGUUUAUAUUUUCGAAACACAAACGUUUAUAAUGUCAUAUUGUUCAGCAAGAAAAAUUAAUUUAUCAUGUAUAUAAACAAAUCCCUGCACUUACUGUAACAAUGUUAAGCAACUCAAAAUUACAGUAACAUGCACUUGACAGAAAAACAAAACAAAAAUACAAAUAAACAUUUUACAAACACUAGCUUGUUUUUAGAUUUGGCCAUUUUGUUUCAAUAUUAUGACCUUGCACAAAACAAUAUAGUAGAUUAUUAUUGUUGUUGGCCUGUGUAUUUGAGUGGUAUUCUGAGAAAGCUGGGCAUAAUACAUUUGCAGAAAGUGUCGUCCCAGAUUAGCCUGUGCAGUCCACACAGGCUAAUCAGGGACGACACUCCGUCUUAAUUGGAUUUUUGUUAAGAAGAGACUUCAUUUAAACAAAACAUGUCAUAUAAGCGUAAAGUGCCGUCCCUGAUUAGCCUGUGCAGACUGCACAGGCUAAUCUGGGACGACACUUUACGCACAAGCAUUAUGCCCAGUUUUCUCAGAACACGACUAUUUGUUAGCCAAUUGAACAUUUUAUCUCUGUUACACUUCAGUGCUGUCUUUGGUGCAUCAUUUAUUUUUAGUUUUGUAGUUCAGACAGCUGUGCCUUCACAGUUUGUGACCAGAAAUGUUCAGAAAAUGUAAUAAAAUUACUCGUGUAUAUUGGAUGUGCUUAAAAUGGCUUGUUGUCAGCAUAUUGGACGUUACUGAUUACAUGUCUAAUAUCUAAUCUCUAAUAAUGUCUAUGUUAUAUGGUUUCGUUUGUUAAAGUAUUUUACCAUGAUAGUAGUUAUUUCAAACACUUUGUUGUUGCAUAUGUCACAAACUGUGAAAGUGCAGCUUUAAGAUAGUGUUGUUUAUGCUGUUGUUUUGUCCAUUAUAUUCAUGUAUGUGCUUUGUUUAAAAAAAAUACACUGUUUUAUCUAGAUGUAAAAUUGUUAUCCUUGUUAUUGACAAAGUUUGAAUAAAACACACAAUUCUA